UUUUGAGAGCGGAUUAAUAAAAAUAGCCCCAAGAUUGAAGGCGGUUGUUCGUCCGUGCAAGCAUUCAGCUGACAGAACUGCAAAUAAAACAUUUAAUUUUAUUGAUUUUACAAAAUGGCAUCUUUAACUGAAGUUUCCUCGAAUAAAUCAUUUGGUGGUCAACAAAAGGUUUUCUCUCAUGAAAGCACAGAAUUAAAAUGUACAAUGAAGUUUGGGGUAUAUUUACCUCCUGCAGCAUCUGGUGGUAAAGUUCCUGUUAUCUACUGGUUGUCAGGAUUGACGUGUACAGAGCAGAAUUUUGUAACGAAAGCAGGAGCUCAGAAAUAUGCUGCUGACCAUAGUUUGAUCAUCGUUUCUCCAGAUACUAGCCCACGUGGUGUAAAUAUAGAAGGAGAAGAUGAUAGUUAUGAUUUUGGAUCCGGAGCAGGAUUCUAUGUUGAUGCUACUCAAGAUAAAUGGCAGACUAACUAUAGAAUGUAUUCUUAUAUCACUCAGGAGCUUCCCGCAUUAAUUAAUGAAAAUUUUCCCACCAUACCAGACAAAAAAUCUAUUAUGGGUCAUAGUAUGGGUGGUCAUGGAGCUUUAAUAUGUACGUUAAAGAACCCUGGUAAAUACUGUUCUGUUAGUGCAUUCUCACCAAUAUGUAAUCCUGUUAAUUGUCCAUGGGGUCAGAAAGCUUUUAAUGGAUAUCUUGGUGCAGAUCAAGCUGUUUGGAAGGCCUAUGAUGCAUGUGAACUAGCUCGACAGUAUAAUGGCCCAGCAUUAGAUAUUUUAGUGGACCAGGGAAAAGCUGAUAACUUCUUGACACAAAAACAACUUUUACCAGAAAACUUGGUGGAGGUUUGUAGUGAGAAGAAAAUACCCAUCACAUUGAGAAUGCAGGAGGAUUAUGACCACAGUUAUUUCUUCAUUGCAUCAUUUAUAGAAGAUCAUAUUCAACAUCACGCAAAACACCUGAAGGCUUAAAAUCGUGGUACAACAUUACCUAAUCUUUAUAUGAUUUAUUCACGUAUAAAGUCAAUAAUUUUACAAUCAUAUUUACAAAAUGAAUGUUUCAAAGAAAUAAGACGAUUCUAAAAGAUUGAUUUGUAUGUAAUGAACAGAAAUAUCCUAUUUACAUAAUGAAUGUUGCAAUGUAAAUGAAAUAAGACUAUUCUAAAAGAUUGGUUUGGAUUUAAUGAACGUAAUUAUUCUUUUGUGCCGGUGACCCUAUUAUUGUUGAUAGAUUAAUCAUGUAGGAUAUAGCAUUUAGCUUGAACACCGUGUUUCAGUUCAAGAAAGUAUAUGAUGAGUAUGAUGAUUUACAUCAUUGACCAUGACAGUGCUAUUUUUAAUUUGUAUUCACAUUUAGAUGUUAUCAAUGGCUAGACCUAUUUGAUAAGGCCAACUUCAAGUUUGGUCAAAGGUCACGAGAUGUAAACAGGGCUGGCGCUAAUCCCAACCCUGGACCUAGCCCCAAUGCUUACCCUAACCCUCACCUACAAUUUCGCCAACAAUCACGUGCCCUAACCCUAUUUACAUCUCAGUGACCGUGAUGAAAAUUGAGCUGGCCUUAAAAAAUAGAUUUAGCCAUUAUCAAUGCACAUAUAAAAUGGAGUGUUCAAAAAUACAAUUUAUGUUGAUUAUAUUUUAAUAUACAUGUAUGGUGUUACGGAGGUAAAAUAUGAUACAUGAAAUGGAAUAAAUAAUGUUUUAAUUUUAAUCAGAUUGUCUGUUACAGCAAUGCUCAAUAAAUGAUUUAUAGAAGUUCUGGCCCCAAGUUCACAAAAUAUUACUCAAAAUUGUUUGCCUUUUUUUAACUAAAAUAUAGCCCUUUAUAUAACGCUUUUGUUGUUUUAAUGUUUCAAAUACAUCAAUAAGAAACUAUGUGCAAAGUUUUGUUUUUCUGGAACAAAGAUAUUUCUAAUAAACACUAAACAGAAUGCUUGGUGAACUUGGGGGCAAGGACUGGUAGAAGUGUUGAAGAAAUUUGUAUAAAACUCCACUGAUUCAUACGAUUGAUAUGAAAUAAAAUAAUAUACAAUCUU